CCAGGGAGUCGCAGCACAAAGCGGCAGCAGCAUCAGGGAGCGUCGAGGAGCUUCAUCAUCAUCAUCAUCACCACCACCACAUCAUCCUUCUUCUCAGCUCCGCUUCUCAAAUCCGAAUAAAACACAACCAUCUGUACGGAACCACAGCGCGCGCCGCAGCCCCACAUUCACGCGCUCGACUCCUUAUUCGGUUUAAAUGUGAAUGGAAAAAAGCCUGAACAUGGAUCCCUUCUUUGUUGAGGUGAUGGGUGUAAAUGCUGAUGGAGUUGAAGACUUGUCAACCCUCACUGAGCUCAACACACAAGCCAUAAUGCACAACCUCUACCUCCGUUACCAUAAAGACCUCAUCUAUACAAACAUUGGCUCCAUCCUAGCCGCAGUAAACCCAUAUAAGCAGAUACCUGGGCUGUACGAUAGUGAAGCUGUACAGCUCUACAGUAAACAUGAGCUCGGUGAACUUCCUCCUCAUGUCUACGCCCUCGCUAAUGAGUGCUACCGAUGUCUAUGGAAGAGAUCUGACAGCCAGUGUGUGCUCAUCAGUGGGGAGAGUGGUGCCGGCAAGACAGAAAGUACGAAGCUUCUACUGAAAUUCCUGUCUGUAAUGAGUCAUGGUUCUACAGGAGCAGCAGUUUGUGAGAGAACAAACAGAGUGGAACAGGCCAUUAUACAGAGCAGUCCUAUAAUGGAGGCAUUUGGAAAUGCUAAAACAGUAUACAACAAUAAUUCAAGUCGUUUUGGGAAGUUCAUCCAGUUGCAUUUUUCUCAGAACGGAAACAUCCAAGGAGGCUGCAUCGUCCACUAUCUGCUUGAGAAGAACCGGGUCGUCCGGCAGAACCCAGGAGAGAGAAACUAUCAUAUCUUUUACUCACUGUUGUCUGGAGCUAAUAAAGAACAAGGAGAUGUGUAUCUCCUGCUGGAUUCUCCUGAGGAUUAUCACUACCUCAGACAGUCAGGCUGUGUUCAGGACAGAAGUCUGGAUGAUAAACAGCUCUUCUUCAGUGUAAUGGAGGCUCUGAAGGUGAUGGAGUUUACAGAGGAAGAAAUCUGUGAUGUGUUUAAGCUGCUUUCUGGAGUUUUACACAUUGGCAACAUUGAGUUUAUGACAGCAGGAGGAGCUCAAAUCACCUCUAACGGAGUUAUCAGUAAUGUCUGUGAGCUGUUGGGAUUGGACGCGUUUCAGCUGGGUGAAGUUUUGACUCAGCGAUCAAUCUUUCUGAGAGGAGAGGAGAUCUGCUCACCCCUCACUGUAGAACAGGCUUUGGACUCACGGGAUUCGGUUGCCAUGGCGCUUUACUCCCAGUGUUUUUAUUGGAUCAUUACUCAAAUCAAUCAAAAGAUCAAAGGAAAGAACGAUUUCAAAUGCAUUGGCAUCCUGGACAUCUUCGGUUUUGAGAACUUUGAGGUGAACCGUUUUGAGCAGUUUAACAUUAACUACGCUAAUGAGAAGCUCCAGGAGUAUUUUAAUAAACACAUCUUCUCUCUGGAGCAGCUGGAGUACAACAGAGAGGGAAUACAGUGGGAGGCCAUAGACUGGAUGGAUAAUGCUGAAUGUCUGGAUCUAGUUGAAAAGAAACUGGGUUUAUUGGCUCUGAUCAACGAGGAGAGUCGAUUCCCUAAAGGCAACGACUACACACUGCUGGAGAAGCUACACAGCCGACAUGCUACAAAUCCAUACUACAUCAAACCCAGAGUGACAGAUCACCAGUUUGGAAUCAAACACUAUGCUGGAGAGGUUCUCUAUGAUGUGAGAGGUGUUUUGGAGAAGAACAGAGACACUUUCAGAGACGACAUUCUCAACAUGUUGAAGGACAGCAGGUUGGACUUUAUCUAUGAGCUAUUUGAGUCUGUAGGCAGCAGGAAUGGAGAUGAAACACUCAAGAUGGGAACAAACAGACGCAAGCCAACCGUCAGCUCGCAGUUCAGGGACUCUCUUCAUGCACUCAUGGCUACUUUAAGUGCUUCAAAUCCUUUUUUUGUGCGCUGCAUCAAACCCAACAUGCAGAAGCAUGCUAAUGAGUUUGACCCAGGAGUGGUUCUGAACCAAUUGCGGUACUCCGGCAUGUUGGAGACAGUGAAGAUCCGGAAAGCUGGAUUUCCGGUACGCAGAACCUUCAGUGAUUUUCUUAAACGCUACACUGUGCUUUUGCGAGCUAAAAAGAUUAAAGAUGGAGAGGACUGGAGGAAAUGUUCUGAUCUCCUCACAGUGUUUGAUGCAUCUAGGAAAGAAUGGCAACUUGGCAAGACAAAGGUCUUUGUGAAGGAAGUGUUAGAGCAGAAGUUGGAGCGAGUGAGGGAUGAGGUGCGGAGAGCAGCAGGAACACUGAUUCAAGCUCACAUUCUGGGCUAUGUGGCAAGGAAGCACUACAGGAAGAUCCGCAGCAGCACCAUCACCAUUCAGAAGAACUACCGAGCUCACUUCUGGAGAAACGUGUUCCUGCAUAUGCGCUCAGCCGUCAUCGUUCUCCAGAAACACCGUCGAGGACAGCUGGCUCGGAGACUACAUCAACAACUCUGCCAGGAGAGAGAAAGAGAGGAAGAAGAAAGGAGAUUCAGAGAGGAAGAGAAGAAGAAGGCAGAAGAGGAAAAAAGAAAGAGGGAGGAAGAACAGAGAAUUCUAGAAGAGCAGAAAAAAAGAGAAGAAGAGGAGAGACUGAGGAAAGAAGAACAUGAACUGGAACUUUUGCAGAAGAAGCAGGAAGAGGAGGAACUCAGGAGGAACAUAGAACAGGAGAAAGAACAUUUACAGAAACAAGAAGAAGAUCUCAGAAACACUGAGGAUAAAUCAUCAGCAUAUAGCAGAAAUUUACUGGAAUCAAACCAUCAUCACUCCAAGUUCUCUUCUGAAGAAGAAACUCGUCAGAUGGAAGAGAUCUUGCGUCUGGAGCGAGAAAUUGAGCGUCUUCAGCGUCAACGUGAUGAAGGAGUGGCGCUGAUGAAUGAAAGUACUCAGGAGGAGCUCCGUCAGUGCCAUGAUGCUGAAAUCUAUCGACUGGAGAAGGAGGCAUCACGUGUGGCUACGGAGUUUCUGGAAAUGCUGGACUUUGGAGGUCUGGAGCCAUCGCUGUCCAGUGAAGAGAAUCUGAAUGAGAGUGUGGCACCACUGGCUGAGGAUGAAGAGGAUGAAGGAUUUCAGGCUGAGGACGAAGAAGAAUGUGUCCCACUUCCAGACUUGCCAUCUCCACCUGCUGCUGAUCUGCUGGAUCUGAAUGUGUUGUCCUUAGUUCCUCCUCCACCACCUGUAUUUUCUCAGGGACCUGUCGAAUGUUUUACUUUAAAGACAUUAGAGAUUCCUGCUUCAGCUCCACCUUCUCCACCUCCUCCAGCUUUAUUCACUCAGGGAUCACUUGACACCUUGAGACCAAAAUCUGCUCAGAAUUCCAGCUUGAAAUCUUCUUCUCCUUCUUUCAGAUACAGCAGGUAUUUAGAGGCACAUACUUCACCUUCUCCAUCCUCAAUUUCUCAGGAGUCCUUUAGGCCAAAAUCCAGGUCUGAUUCCAGUCCCAAAUCAAGUUCCUCCCUCAGAAACAGCAGCAUUUUAGAGCAGACACAGACUCCUGCUUCACCUUCACCACCCUCUGGAGAUUAUGGUAAAGUGCAGAAGAGCUUCAGGAACUGGGAUACCGAGUCUGAUUAUGACCAGGAGGAGUAUGAAUUAGAGGAGGCGCUGGAGAACCUUACUGAUGGAAAUGUCACUGAUGAGGAGGUGCUGAGGAGAUCCUGCUGUACCUACAACAGUAUGGACUCAUUUAGAGGAAGUGCAGAGUCGUUUAUCGACAGCGAUGAGGAGAAUGAUGAUUACGCAGAUACAGAUGAAGAGGUUUCCAAUGGGAGAGUCAGUCUACUGAACGGCAGCAAUCCUCCAUACUUCCACAGUUAUCUUUAUAUGAAGAGUGGGCUGAUGAUCCCAUGGAGAAGGCGUUGGUGUGUGUUGAAGGACGAGACGUUCAUGUGGUUCCGCUCGAAGCAGGACUCAGUGAAGAGUGGAUGGUUGUAUAAGAAAGGUGGAGGCUCAAGCACGCUGUCGAGGAGGAACUGGAAAAUGCGCUGGUUUGUUCUGCGGGAUCAUAAACUCAUGUACUUCGAAAAUGACAGCGAAGAAAAACUGAGAGGAACCAUUGACAUCCGAACAGCCAGGAAGAUUGUUGAUAAUCAUGAGAAGGAAAACGCACUGAACAUCAUAACUGAAGACAGAAUAUAUCAUAUUUAUGCUGAAACACCAGAAGAAGCCAGUGGCUGGUUCAGUGUGUUAAGUCGUGUACACAGCGCCUCCCUGCACAAGCUGAUGGAAAUGCAGAAUGAAGAUGCAAACCCAAAAAAUGCAGUGGGAACUCUGGAUGUUGGACUAAUUGACUCAGUGUGUGCGUCAGACAAUCCUGACAGGCCCAACUCAUUUGUGAUCAUCACAGCUAAUCGAGUGAUCCACUGUAAUGCAGACCUGCCUGAGGAGAUGCACCACUGGAUCGGACUUUUACACAAACCCAGGGGAGAAACUCGCAGGGACGCACAGGACUUCAUCAUCAGAGGCUGGCUGCAUAAGGAGAUGAAGACGAGUAUGAAGAGCUCAUCCCUGAAGCUGAAGAAACGUUGGUUUGUUUUGACAGCGAACUCUCUGGAUUAUUAUAAAUCGUCUGAGCGCUCUUCGGCUCGCCUCGGCACUCUGGUGCUCAACAGCCUGUGUUCAGUGGUUCAGCCUGAAGAUCGAGUCUUCAAAGACACUGGUUACUGGAAUGUGGUGGUUCACGGCAGAAAACACUCGUACCGCCUUUACACCAAACUCCUGAACGAGGCCAUGAGAUGGGCGUCGGCUAUUCAGAGCGUCAUCGAUAACAAAACUCCCAUUGAGACACCCACGCAACAACUGAUCCGAGAAAUCAAGGAGAACAGUAUGAAUGUGGAGGCAGUGGAGCAGAUGUACUGGAGAAACCCGAUACUGCGAUACACACAGCAUCCCUUACACUCUCCACUACUUCCAUUGGCCUACGGAGACAGCCUUCAUAAGGAGAAAGGUUACUCUAGUCUUCAGGAUGAAGCAGUGAAGAUCUUUAACUCACUGCAGGAGAUGGAGGUUGUAUCUGAUCCCAUUCCCAUCAUCCAGGGAAUCCUGCAGACGUGUCAUGACCUCCGACCAAUCAGAGACGAAGUCUACUGCCAGCUCAUCAAACAGACCAAUCACAUGCCUCAGCCACACAGCUCUGCAAGCCACGCCCAUUGGCACCUGCUCACGUGCAUGAGCUGCACCUUCCUCCCUAGCCGAGGCAUCCUGAGAUAUCUGAAGUUCCACCUAAAGAGGAUCAGAGAAAGGUUUCCCAGCACAGAGCUGGAGCGCUACGCUGUCUUUAUCACUGACUCACUCAAGAAGACGAAGAUGCGUGAGUGUGUACCAUCACAGGAGGAGAUCAUUGCUCUGAGGAACAGACAAGAAAUGAGAUCAACGGUUUACUGUCACGGGGGCGGAGCCUGCAAAAUCUCUAUUAACUCACACACUACUGCUGGAGAGGUGGUAGAGAAGCUGAUCCGAGGCUUGGCCAUGGAGGACAGCAGGAACAUGUUUGCUCUGUUUGAGCACAGUGAGAGUGUGUAUCACGCUGUUGAGAGCAGAGUCAUCGUUGCUGAUGUGUUGGCCAAGUUUGAGCGUGUCAGAGCCGAGUCUCAGUGGAAGCUGUACUUUAAGCUCUACUGUUUCCUGGAUAUUGAGAGAGCACCUAAAGAAGGAGUCGAGUUUGUCUUCAUGUUUGAGCAGGCUCACGAGUCAUUAAUCAGCGGUCAUUUCCCGGCUCAUGAGGACACACUGCGUCAUCUGGCCGCUCUUCGUCUGCAGUAUCUGCACGGAGACACGACGGCGGUGAACUGGAGCCUGGAGAGUGUUUAUCCUCUGAACCGCAUCCACAAACGCAUCCUCCACUUUACACGAGGACGAGGAGGAGCAGGAGGAACACUGGAGAAGCGCCGUAGCAGCUUUCUGGAGGGCCUGAAGGCAGGAGGGUCACUGAGGAAGCAGCGCAACAUUCAAGACGAAAAGACGUUGAUGGACAUGUGGGUGAAGGAGGAAACAGAGGGGACAAGAGCGAGCAUUCGGGAAAAAUGGAGCCGGCUGAAAGGACUGGAGCAGCAGCAGGCCAUGAUCAGGUACAUGGAGGUCAUCACCCAGUGGAGUGGCUACGGAUCAGCGCUGUUUGAUGUGGAGUCGAAGUGUGGUGGUUUUCCAUCUGAGUUGUGGUUAGGAGUGUGUGCUGACAGUGUGUCGGUGUAUAAGAGAGGAGAGGCAAAGCCACUUGAGACGUUUCCUUAUGAACACAUUGUGUUUUUUGGAGCUCCGCUACAGAGCACCUACAAGAUCAGCGUGGACGGUCGAGACCUGCUGUUCCACACCACACAGGUUGGUGAGAUCACAAAGAUCAUGAAGGCGUACAUCAACAUGAUAGUGAAGAAGCGCUGCAGUGUUCGCUCCGCAUCCAGUUAUGGGCGAGCCGGGGUCAGGUGAUCUCCAACCAGAGAUGUGGGAGACGUGGGAGAUUAGACACAGACACUGGAACACAGCUGGAGGUUGAUGAUGUUCAGAACACUGAAGACUUUGUCCUUAUGUUACACUAAUGCUAAUGCUAAUGUUAUUCAGUAAUGUGUGUGAAUGCUUUAUUUAUUUGUGUAUUAUUAUUAUCAUCAUCAUCAUUAUUAUUAUUAUUAUUAUUAUUAUUAUUAUUAUUAUUAUUAUUAUGCAAAAUUAGUGUCGAUGUUAAUCAUCACUGUAACACAACCCCAGUCAGGAAUUCACUCAGCUGCUGGCAGCUGUAAUAAUACACACAUAUUUAGCAAUUAGCAUUCAUGCUAAAUCACUUUCCUUUGUAACUGGAUUUAAUAAAUUAUUGAGUUUUAAAA